AUGAAAGUUGGGUUGCGUGCCCUCGACAGUGCAAAGGUCGGUGUGUUGCGAGAUUAUGGUCACAAUGACGCCACCCACUCGUCAUCUCCUUUCAGGCAUUCAAGGAUGCGCACACCCGGGAUCCGAGCUCACCAGGCCGUGCUGUCCAUCGUUGGCUUCGGAGGGGUCGGCAAGACGACCAUCGCCACGGCCUUGUACCAGGCAUACGGCGAUCAAUUUGAUCGCCGGGCGACGGUCACCGUGUCCCAGAGCUCUGACAUUGACGCGAUACUGCUGACCAUACUCAGUCAAGUCAAGCCUCAAUCCAAAGAUGAUAAUGAGGAGCAAUGCACCGGUGGCGGCGGCCCCUCUGGGAAGAAAUGCCUCAUGGCUGCCAUUGGAACAGUAUGGGCCAGUAUCAUGCCCAAGGGCGACAAGGACGGUGAGCAGCAAGGUGGCAUCACAUCCCAGACAACACAAGAUCUCAAGAGGCACCUGGAGGAGUACUUGAAUGGAAAAAGUUACUUGCUCUUAGUUGACGAUGUGUGGUCUGCAACAAUGUGGGAGAAGAUAAAGAACUCAUUGCCUACAAGUAAGAAAGGCAGUAGAGUAAUAGUUACCACACGGUUUCAAGCUGUUGCCAGUGCAUGCAGAAGAGACAGUGGAGAUCACAUUCAUAAAGUGGUGGUACUUAGCGACGACAAGUCUAAAGAUUUAUUCAUGACCGAAUCUGGAAUUAGUGAGGACAAGUCUAAGGAAAAAAAAGAGAAAAUUCCAUCCAAACUCUGGCAAAUGUGCGGGGGUCUGCCAUUGGCCAUAGUUAUCAUGGCUGGGCAUGCCGCCUGCAACAAUGACAAACUGGCAACCAAGUGGAGUGAAGUUUGCAAAGCACUGGUACCAGACUCCGGGAAAGCUCUUGGCCAGGACGGAGUCACCAGGAUACUCAAUCACUGCUACAAUGAUAUGCCUGGUGAGAUCAGGACUUGCUCCUUGUAUCUAUGCAUAUUUCGAAAGGGCAGCAAGGUCAGCAGGAAGCGGCUGACGAGGCGUUGGCUGGCAGAGGGAUUUGUCUGCGAGAAGGAUGGGCUGAGUGCGGAAGAUGUUGCAGAGGCAUAUUUCAAUCAUCUCGUGAGGAGGAAGAUCAUACGUGCUGUGGAGCACAGCAGCAACGGCAAGGUGAAGAGCUACCAAGUCCAUGACAUGGUUCUUGAGUACAUUGUAUCCAAGGCAAGCGAGGAAAACUUCGUCACUGUGGUCGGCGGCCACUGGCUAAUGGCGCCACCUAGCAACAAAGUCCGCCGGCUGUCCCUUCAAGGCGGUGACUCGAAACACAAGAAAACAAUGGAGACCAUGAAUUUGUCUCAUGUCCGAUCUCUGACCAUAUUUGGGAGCUUAACCCAACUGCCUUCUAAUUCAUUGAAGUUUGGAAUUGUGCAAGUACUAGACCUCGAAGGUUGCCAGGAUUUCAGACAACAUCAUGCCAAGGAGAUAUGCAAGAUGCUUCUACUCAAGUACCUAAGCCUACGAAGGACAGACAUCAACAAGAUACCCAAAAAAAUUGGAAAGCUCCAAUAUCUGGAGACUCUUGACAUAAGAGAGACCAAUGUCACGGAGUUGCCGAACACCAUCUGCCAGCUUGAACGAGUAGCAAACAUACUUGGUGGGAACAAAAGAACACGGAAGGCACUGAAGCUUCCUGAAGAUCUGAAGAAGGAAACAAUGAAAAGCCUGCGCAUACUGUCAGGUAUUGAGAUCGUCGAGGGACCAGCUACAGUGGCAGACUUUCAUCAUCUGACAGAUCUGAGGAAGCUCACCAUUUACAAGCUCAACAUCAAGAAGGAUAAUAAGCUUUUCGAAGAACUAAGCUCCUCCAUUGAGUACCUUGGUGGCUAUUCUCUCCACACCCUGGUGAUUGAUGAUGAGUCGUCUGAGUUUCUAAAAUCGCUAGGUGCUCUCUCUACCCCUCCGAAGUUUCUCAAUGCCCUCGAGCUGUCUGGCAAGCUGGUUGAGCUCCCAGGAUGGAUCACAGAGCUGGAAGCUCUCACGAAGCUAACCCUCUCGGUGACGACGCUCACUACUGAUGCUCUGAAACAGUUGAGCAAGCUCAAGACAUUGUUCUCGCUCACAUUUUCACUUAACGCAGCAAAGCUGGAUCCGGAAACAACCGCCAUUAUCGAGGAGAAUAAAGAGCACUCUGAUGGGGAGAUCAUAGUUCCGGCUAGUGGAUUUGAGAACCUAAAGCUCCUUCGUAUCUCAGCUCCUUCGGUGCCGCCGCUAAGCUUUCCAGAGAAGGUGUUACCAAAGCUCGAAAGGCUUGAACUGCGGUUCAGCAAGCUGGAGGGACUAUAUAGCUUAGAGAACCUUGCAUAGCUCAAAGAGUUACAUCUCAGAAUGCAUGACAAAGCAGGCAAGUUUACCCAGUUGUUAGUAGAAGAUCUGCCAAGUGCAGCCACCAGGGAAGAUGGCUCCUGCGCCAGAAUAAUUGUUGAUCGGUAUAAGGUGUGAGUGACCCAAAAGCCAACCUAUUGGGUUAUAUUCAUUUAUGCUUAUUUUUUCUACGAAAUACUGUUGUGUGCAAGAUCAAGACUCUAUUUCCUUGAUAUCUGCUUGUAAUUGUUGUAAGAAAUAUCCUGUUGUGCUAUUCUAGUAGGUGUACGUCAAGAUUAUGAGACUGCUUCCUUGAUAUCUGUUUAGUAAUUCUUGUAAGCAAUAUUCUGUUCUGUUAUUAUUCUAGUCUGCAUUCAAGAUCCAGAUACAAUUUCCUUGAGAUCUUUUUUGUAAUUAUUGUAAGAAUUAUUAUGUCGUGUUAUUCUACUCUGUGCGCAAGA